GAAAUUAAAAAAAACAAAAUGGCGGUUUAGGGUUUCGUACUUUGUUCCCCAGAAAAAACUUACAAAAAUCUAUUCCAUAAAGCAUAGUGUGGGUUUUUGGGUUUUUCUUUCUUCAUUCAUCAGUCCUCCCUCUUACCUGAGCCUCCUACAUCAAAGCAACGAUGCCGAAGCACUACAGGCCGGCGGGCAAGAAAAAGGAAGGAAAUGCAGCUAGAUAUGUUACUCGUUCUCAGGCUGUCAAAAAUCUCCAAGUCAACCUUCCUCUUUUCAGGAAAUUAUGCAUAUGGAAGGGUAUAUUCCCUCGGGACCCGAAGAAGAAAAUAAAAGGGAACCAUCAGACAUAUUAUCAUACAAAGGAUAUAUCUUUCCUCCAUCAUGAUCCACUUGUGGAUAUACACCGUGAUAUUAGGGCGUAUGGCAGGAAGAUUAAAAAGGCUUUGUCAAAGAAAAAUAAGUUCCGUGCUGAUCGUCUUGAAGAACGCAAACCCACUUACAAGUUAGAUAGGCUGAUCAUAGAGAGGUACCCAAGGUUUAUUGAUGCACUGGGAGAUAUAGAUGACUGUCUUACUAUGGUGCACCUGUUCGCUGCUUUGCCGACAUUACAUAAUGAAAAAGUUGAAGUAAAGCAUAUCCAUAGUUGCCGUAGGCUGAGUCAUGAGUGGCAAGCAUACAUUUCACGGACGCACAAGCUACGUAAAACUUUUAUCUCAGUGAAAGGCAUAUAUUACCAGGCAGAGGUGGAGGGACAAAAAAUAACAUGGAUUGCCCCUCAUUCGAUCCAGCAAGUUCUGACUGAAGAUGUUGAUUUUAAUGUCAUGUUAACCUUUCUAGAAUACUAUGAGACUCUUCUUGCUUUUGUGAACUUCAAACUUUACCACAAUAUAAAUGUGAAGUAUCCACCAAUUCUUGAUUCUCGCUUGGAAGCGUUAGCAGCAGAUCUAUAUGCACUUUCAAGGCUUAUUGCUAGUAGUUCCAAGGAGCAAGACAACCACAAGUUACUUAGUCAAUUAGAUGAAUCUGAAGUAACCCUUGCACAACUUCAACACCAGCUGGCUCCUAGUGAACCUGGAGCAUUAAUGCAUCUUGUUGAAGAAACUGAGAUUGAGGAUGAUGCAGAUGAAGAAACAAAGGAGUGCAGGUCUCUUUUGAAGGACAUGAGAUUCUUCUUGAGCCGAGAGGUUCCUCGGGAGCCAUUGCUUUUUGUGAUCUCUGCCUUUGGUGGAAUGGUUUCUUGGGAGGGAGAUGGAGCUCCAUUUGAUGAGUCGGACCCGAGCAUUACUCAUCAGAUUGUUGAUCGUCCAAGUCAGAAUCACAUGUUUCUCUCUAGAGAAUAUAUUCAGCCUCAGUGGGUCUUUGAUACUGUGAAUUCACGAAUCAUACUGCCAACUGAAGAUUAUCUGGUGGGAAGGGUCCCUCCACCACAUCUCUCUCCCUUUGUCGACAAUGAGGCAGAGGGGUAUGUCCCUGAUUAUGCUCAAAAAAUUAAGGAAUUGCAAGCUAAGGCGAGAAAACAAGUCCUUCCUGUACCAGCAGUUGGGAAUGAAGAUCAGGAUAACACUCAGAACCUACUGUUGGAAGGUGUUGCUGAUCGUGCAGAAGCUAACAAGGCAGCUGAAUUGAAGAAAAAGAUGACUAGUCAUGAGAAAAGGCAUCACGAAGAGAUGAAAAUGGAACUUCAAGGUGUCAGCCAUGCAUCCGGUACUGUGCAGAACGUUGAGGCUCCGGACCAAGAUCAAGCUACAACGGAUGAGAUCUCUGAGGAACCUGACAUGUCAGAAUUUGGAAUGUCUCGCCGUAAGAGAGGACUUUAUCAAUCGAUGCAAAUAAGUAAGCAACGCAAGAAGGCUAAGCUUGACACGAUUGAGGCUAGGAAAAGAAAAAUUCAACAAAGCCAGAAGUGAAGAAAAGAUUAAAGUAGCUCCAAUAUUGCGUAUGACUAGUUCUGCGCGUAUGGUGCUCCCAUACGAGUGAUCUUUUCUGCGGGGCUGGUUUGAGUUAGGAGGAAAGAUAUUCUUGAUGAUUUUGUCUCUUUAAAUUUUGGUAGCAGACUUGAUUUAUUUUAUCCUAUUGUUGUACAAUCUAACUUAUAAGUUCAAAUUACUACAUAUAUAUUUAGGGUUGGAUUAUGUA